AUGGCUGCGGCGGCCGACCCCCCUCCUCCCCACUCCCCCCGCUCGGGGAGCCUCCUCAGCCGGAGGAGGCGACAACAAAGCGGCGGCGGCGGCGGCGGCAGCGGCAGCGGCGGCUCCUCAACAUGGCAGCGCCGAGCGCGGCCACUUCCGGUAACCUCCGGGACGCACCACCGCGGCGGCGAGCGCGGGCGGGGGGGGAGCCCCGGCCCGGCCGCCGCCGCCCCCAGCCGCUCCGACCCCCUCCGGGCGUCCCCGCCGCCGGCGCGCCGCCUCGGAGCUCAGCCAGUGCCCGCGGGCGGUGGGGUCAGGGCGCCCGCGCGGGGGCUGGGGUGGGGCCGGGGGCGGGGAUGGGGCGCGGCGUCCCCCCCCGCGGGGGUGUGUGAUGCUGCGGUCCGUGGCUCAGGCAGCUGGAGCAGGGGGAGCUCAGGAGAGAAGAUGGAGGACGCCAGGGUCUGGCGCUGGCCCGCUGGGCACAGCUGGGCUGCCUCUCGUGACUCUGACUUGGUGCCCAGCGGCGUCGCAUCCCUCUCAUACCCCCAGCGGCAGUCAGAGCUCCGGUUGGUCACCUGGCUCUUCAGUUGGUCAAGCUCAUCAAAGCUUCCACGUACGAACUACAGGAUGCUAACUAGCUUCGAGUGUCCCCUACCCUCGGGUAUUUUCAUUCCUAAAACAGCUAAGCCCUCAUCGCUCUUGCUAUGAUAUCGCCAUCGCCCUUUGCGUGAUCUUCCAAUUUGAGCAGGGAAUUCCACUAGGGUACAGCCUUAGAUCCUCCUAGUAUGGAGGGAAACACUUCCCACGCGUUCAGAUGUCAUUACUGGGUUAUUCUUGGGUGACGAGACCGUGCUUCCCCAUCCUUCCCUUUCAUUUGAUAUAGGAAAUUUUGAAAACCCCUCUCCCGCCAGGAUUAAAAACAAACAAUAAAAACAAAUGAGAAAGUAGAGACGAAAUAUUUUAGUCUUUUAGUACAUUCUUCAAUUCCCGCAGCGCACACACACAAGUCAGACUUCUGGUUGGACAUCGUCAGAUGUCACUGAGGUGACCCCAGCCUGUUUGCAGUUCACAGUCUUCUGUGUAGGAGUCAGCCACUGUUAGUGGUUGGAAUCUGUAGAUCGUAAGCCCGUAUGAUGUCUUGAAUGUUUUCUAUCCUUUCCUCACAUAGAAGUAACUACUGUGAAUAUCAGAGACAAGCUAUUAUUAAACAUGUAUCUAGUCCAAGGAAUCUGUAGUGGGGAAGUGAGGGGGCAG